ACGGCACACACCCGGAAGUAAAGCCGCAUCCCUGCCGUGUUGUUGUGGAAAAUAAACAUCAGGAAUAUGAAAACUUCGUGGAAGAAAUAACUUUUCAGCCGACAGGAACUUCCAAGGCAGAUAUGCUAUUUUCAUUCCAUUGUAGUUUUUCGAGUAGGUUGACAGUGAAGUAAUGUGUAGCACGUAGCAUGUAGCUUUGCUACAAGACAAAUAACGUUGACGUGUUGAAAUAGUUUAAAGCAGGGGUCACCAACCUUUUCGAAACCAAGAGCUACUUCAUGCCAAGGGCUACCAGUUUGAUACACACUUCAAUAAAUUGCCAGAAAUAGACAAUUUGCUCAAUUUACCUUUAAUAAAUAAUUCUAAAUAUAUAUAUAUUUAUAUGUAUAAGAAAAAAGGGUAUUUCUGUCUGUCAUUCCGUCGUACAUUCUUUUUCCUUAUACGGAAGGUUUUUUUUUGUAGAGAAUACAUGAUAAAAAAAACACUCAAUUGAACGGUUUAAAAGAGGAGAAAACAUAGUUUAUCUCCAAUUUCGACUCUUUAAAAUUCAAAAUUCAACCGAAAAAAAAGAAAAGAAAAAACAACUAAUUCGAAGCUUUUUAAAAAAAAUUUAAAAAAUAAUUUAUGGAACAUCAUUAGCAAUUUUUCCUGAUUAAGAUUAAUUUUAGAAUUUUAAUGGCAUGUUUUAAAUAGGCUAAAAUCCAAUCUGCACUUUGUUAGAAUAUAUAACAAAUUGGACUAAGCUAUAUAUCCAACAAAGACAAAUCAUUAUUUCUUCUAGAUUUUCCAGAACUAAAAUUUUAAACAAAAUUCAAAAGACUUUGAAUAAGAUUAAAAUUAUUUUCUACAGAUUUUCUAGAUUUGCCAGAAUAUAUAUUUUUUUAUUUUAAUCAUAAGUUUGAAGAAAUAUUUCACAAAUAUUCUUCGUCGAAAAAACAGAAGCUAAAAUCCAUCCAUUCAUUUUCUACCCCUUAUUCCCUUUUGGGGUCGCGGGGGGCGCUGGCGCCUAUCUCAGCUACAAUCGGGCGGAAGGCGGGGUACACCCUGGACAAGUCGCCAAAUUAAAAUGUAUUCAUCAUUCUUUACAACAACAAAAAAUAGUUGAACAUUGAUUUAAAUGGUCAGGAAAGAAGAGGAAGGAAUUUAAAAGGUAAAAAGGUACAUUUCUUAAAAAAUCCUAAAAUAAUUUUUAAGGUUGAAUUUUUUCUCUAAAAUUGUCUUUCUGAAAGUUAUAAGAAGCAAAGUAAAAAAAAAAAAAGAAUAUAUUUAAACAAAGGAAGACCAAGUCUAAAAUAUAACAUUGGAUUUUCCAAUUCUAUUUGCGUUUUGUCUCUCUUAGAAUUAAAAAUGUCGAGCAAAGCGAGACCGGCUUGCUAGUAAAUAAAUUUAAAAAAUAGAGGCAGCUCACUGGUAAGUGCUGCUAUUUGAGGUAUUUUUAGAACAGGCCAGCGGGCGACUUAUCUGGUCCUUACAGGCUACUUGCGUUGGUGACCCCUGGUUUAGAGGCACAUGUCAUGAUGGCAGUGGUAAUGUUUGGAGCGAGACACGUUCUUCUAAACUUGAGGUCCACCUUCCAAAAAGCAGCCAUUUUCAGCAGAAGCAGGCUGGUUAGUUGCAACAGGUGUCACCUGGUCCAGAGAAGCAGACUAGUUAGUAGUUACCUGGUGAAGAGAAGGCAGCUCUUGAUAAACAUCCCCAAGGUUGCAUUGUUGUGCUGGGGCACAUCAUCCUUGGUGGCGAAAUGCCAAGCAGCCUCUCUGGCGCCAGCCUCCAUCAAGAAGAAUUCCCUCAUCAAAGUCCAAGUUCACAAACUGGUCUUCCUCCUCCACCUGGGACUGCGUGCGUUAGUCCUGCUCCUGAAAUUUGGACCCAUUCUCCUCCUCUCCCCCUUAGUUCUGCUCUCCACUGGCUGGGCUUCCGUCUGGCUGGACGCCCUGCUGUGGGUGACGGAAAGCUCCGGUGCCGCCUUCAUCAAGCUGGGCCAGUGGGCCAGCACCAGGCGGGACAUUUUUUCGGAGGAGUUCUGCGACCGCUUCUCCAGGCUCCACGUGAAGGUGCGCCCCCAUCCCUGGGCUCACACCAAACAGUGUCUCAGGAGGGCCUUCGGGGAGCAAUGGAGGAAGGUUCUCACCUUCCAGAGCAAAGAGCCAGUGGGUUCAGGGUGUGUGGCUCAGGUGUACCAAGGCUGGGCCAAGAAGGACCAGGUGGAAGACCCGGCCUUCAAGACGCUGGUGGAGGAGUUGGAUAACGAGGACCUUCUGGAAGCGUGGGAGAUUCCUGGUUUGGGAGGAGUGGUGAGCUCUCUGUGGAAUCUCUGGAAGGGGAACAAGGAGGUGGAUCAGGGGCCGCAUGAGCAAAACAUCUCCCAGAAAGAUCACUUGAUACCUGUCGCUAUCAAAGUGGUCCACCCAGGCAUCAAAAGGCAGGUGGAGAUGGACCUGCUGCUGAUGAAGGCCGCCAGUUGGCUCCUGCACUGCCUGCCCGGACUCAAGUGGCUCAGCUUGUGCGAGAUAGUCCAGGAGUUUGAGACACUCAUGACCAAACAGAUUGACCUUCGCUUCGAGGCCAAGAACAUGGAGCUCUUCCGGCAGAACUUCCAGCAGGUGGACUACGUCAAGUUUCCCACCCCACUACGGCCUUUUGUCACCAGGACUAUUUUGGUUGAAACCUUUGAGGAGAGCGAGCCCAUCUCCAACUUCCUGAAAGAGCAGAUUCCUCAGGCAGUGAAGCAAAGGAUCGCCAGGAUGGGUGUGGACACGCUGCUGAAAAUGAUCUUCGUGGACAACUUUGUCCACGGCGACCUCCACCCAGGCAACAUCCUGGUGCAAAGCAGCAGCCCGGCUGCCGGCCCCACAGACCCGGGUCUGACCACACUCACAGACUUGUGGGACACGGUGGUGGUCAGCUUGAGACCCCGGCCCAGUCCCUUCAAGCUGGUGCUGCUGGACGCCGGCAUCGUGGCCCACCUCAAGAAGGACGACCUGGCCAACUUCAAGGCCGUCUUCACCGCCGUGGUGCUGCGACAGGGCGACCGCGUGGCGGAGCUGAUCCUGCACCACGCCCGCGCCAGCGAGUGCAAGGACGUGCCGCGCUUCAAGAAGGAGAUGGCGGAGCUGGUGGAUGGCGCCCUCAGCAACACGCUGUCUCUUGGAAAGAUCCAAGUCGCCGACUUGCUGUCCAGAGUCUUCGGUCUCCUCAUCAAACACAAGGUGAAGCUGGAGAGUAACUUUGCAUCCAUGGUCCUGGCCAUCAUGGUGCUGGAAGGUCUGGGCAGGUCCUUGGACCCUAACCUGGACAUCCUGGAGAUGGCCAAACCUCUACUGAUCAACAACUCCAAGCACUAAUCAAGCCUUUCCGAGGUUUGUGGCCUAAAAGACCUCAACCAGUCCAAGAAGGAAGAUGGUGGUUGGUGGCUGACUUAACUGCAGAGAGUGCAUGGUGUCUGCUAGAGCUCUUGUGUUGUGUUGUUGGAUUAUUAUAUUGUGCUACUAUUUCACAUGUCAGAGGUCCGCAAUAGUGGAGUUGGCUCGUCUUUCAUUUUAAGAUGUGUAGUGAAGCCUUUUUUUUUUUAUACACAGCUGUCCUUAAUGAGAUGACGUCAUUAUGAGUCCUAGCAGUCUUGUUUUGUUACUUGAAACUUCCAUCCCACAAUAGUUCAUUGCAAGUGUACAUCCAGGUUUCAUUUUAAGAUGUGUGGUGAAGCCUUUUUUUUUUCUUUCUUUGACAAAGCUCUCCUGCAAAAGCUAACAUAAGGACGCCAUUUGAGACAAUGCCACCCACAAAUAUUAUAU